AUUUGUUUCGAUUUCGUGUUCGGUUGGUGUUGAGGUGUAGGGGUAGGAGGGAGGUAAAUAAAAUUGUUCGUAGAUGCCUAUUGUUAAUUUUAUUCUUGGAUGUAAAUAUGUAGAAGUGAUGGUAAUUUGUGUAAAAUUUUUUUCAUCAGCUAAAUAUUACUUUCUAAAUUCGUAGUACACAGAUUUGAGGUUACCUUCUUUUAAAAACUGGUCGAAAAAUCUUGGAAAAAUUGCGUAAAUUUAAAAUUUUUCCUGCGCAUUUAACGUUUGCAACCUUUAUUUGAAGUUUUGAAAAAUCGAUUUCAUUUUUAUUCGUAUAAUCACAUCAGAACCUUCAAAUCCCAUCUAGAGGAAAUGUUAGUGUAAAUUAUUUUAAAAUUCGAAAUUGGGACAUCAUUUUAAAACAUUUGGACAGGUCAUGCCUUUAUUUUGGUUUUUCGUCAUAGGUACUUUAUUUUCGAGGGGGAGGUUUUCACAUCACAUUAUGCGAGUAAAAAAAAAGUUGGAAAAAUUUAUUUUAAAUCCAUAACAUUGAACUUCCAUUGUUUCACGAAUAAAAUUCAGUUUUUCCCGAAACAUAAAUAACUAAAUACCUACCUAUUUAAUAUUCUUGAUUUUGUAUUAAUAGUUAGGAAGGACAAAAGUAACGUAAGAAAAAUAUUCUUAAAAAUUUUCUCAGUACAUAAGUAGGUACCUGAAUUGAAUAAAAAAAUUCUAAUGAGUAAUCUUAUCUCGUCAUGUCAAUUAAGGUGCUAUGUAACUUAGGUAUCUGAACCCUCCUCUCCCUGGAUUUAUAUACGUAAAAUAACUUGCACUAGCAGUUCGGUAAAAAAAAUUACGCAGAAAAAAAUGUCAAUAACUUCAUUCCCUAUCUCCUACCAGUUCAAAGAAUGAACGUUUACAGGUGUCUCAAUUGUGUCACACCACACCUACCAAAAAAAAAAAAAACGACCUAAACUAUGCUACUUUCGCACCUUUAAAACACGUUUUUCAUUAGGUACCUAGGGCCCAGAUACCUACUGAUUUUUCCUAAUUUGAGGAUCAUUUCAUUGGAAAUGGAGGAGGUUUUUUGUGGUUUUACAAAAGAUUUAUUGGGUUCAUUUCCUCCUCGUUUGUAAAUUAUUCCUUAACUUUUUCUGAAUAAAUUAAAAAAUGUACCUUCUGGAAUUAAAAAAAAAAAAAAAAAACUUGAAAUAAAAAAGUGGUCAAUAUGGUCAACAUGCAUAUGCUCAGAAACAGUGAAUUGGCGAUGAACCACAGGUGUCUUACUAUGUAAGCAUCAUGAUCGCAAGGUGCUGUCAUACAACGAAAAAGCGAGUGGGACAAUUGUCAUAUUAUGGGUAGUGCGAGACUGCGAUACUGUUAUCGCUUAACUUUUCUCAUCGUUAGCCCAUAGCCGAGUUUAGUUACCCAUAACCAUUCAACGGUUAGACAGAGUAGCUCUGUUCGAAUUUAACGUACUUAUUAAUGAAAUUUUAAGCUUUCCUCAUGCUGAAUUCUUCUGUGAUCGUUCUUUUUUGUUUUAAUUCUAUUUUCAAAUCAAAUUGUUACAUUUAUGUAGUUAUUACAUAUGUAUGAUUAUGAAUUCAAAGUUCGUGUUGAUUGAGAAUUUUCUAUGAUUACUUUAUUGGAUAAAUCAACUUUUGGUUUCAUUUUUCAUGGAGUUCGACGAAUACAGUUCUCUACUCAGUCAAAUGAAUUUAUGUUAUUCAAAAUGGGAAGAAGUAAAAAGAGAACGCGAUGCUUUAAAAUCAAAUUUGGAAAAAGCCAAUCAUAAAAUCGAAGAACUUGAGACCUCCUUAGCGAGAUACACAGCCAAAGACUCAGCGAUUGAAGAAGAAAGACGUACUAUUAUUUCAUCUCGAGUUAUUGAAGAAUUCGUAAAAGAAGGCCCUAGCAUUGUAAAAAAAAUUGAUAAAGUUGAACAAAAUGUAUCAUGGUUAAGCGAAGCUGUCGAAACAUUACUAUCCAACGUCCAUAAAACAAGUUCUUCAACAGUAAAUGCAAACAUUAAUUCAAUCAGCGAAAAAUCCCACGAGGAAAAUAUUCAGAUUGAUGAUCGAGGCGAUUUGAUAAUUAAAGAUGACGAAAAUAAAGAUCUACUUGGUAUAAGCGACAUUGAUUUACAUGUUAUCGACGUUAACAUUGGCGAUGUUGAGUAUUCGUCUGCACAUUCUGAUGGAAGAUCCAAUCCAUUAUCAACUCAACAUUUGGUAAAUGAAGAAGAAGAUAUAAAUUGUAUCGAAUGUUCAAAUAUUUUCUCGUCUUCCUCCACAUUAUUUUCGGGAGAAGGAAAUUCGCAGAAUCAAAUUGCAUCAAUGGGCAAUAAUACGAUGGAAAAAAAUGACGAUUGUCAGUUACUUUUUACGGAAUUAAUCGCAUCAUCGUCGCAAUGGUUUACACAUUGUAAUAAUGAACAUAGUGAGUCAUAUUCACUUUCCAAUAAUGAAAUUCCAUUGCCUACCAUGUCAACGUCUUUGAAUGUUUCAUCUCAAAGCAACCAUGCAAUAACUGAAGUAGAUCACUCCUCUAAAGAAAUUAUUGAUUAUCAAGAGUUGACAAUUCAAAGUGCAUGCAGCGAUGAAAACUCCUCGCUAAUCAGUGUUACUCCAGUAGAAUCUGAUAGCUUUAACACCUCUGAAGAAAUCGCUAGUUUCCAAAAUAGAGAGUCGAUUAUUCGUAACACAAAAUAUAAUUUCGAGAAUCCAUCACAAAUCAGUACCACGCAAUUAGAAUCAUCCCCUAACUCUGACACAUCUAAAGAAAUCAUUACUUGCCAAAACAUGUCCAAUAAUUCUUUUCCAUCCAGUAAUGAUGAGUUUGGCGUCAUAGUCAAUUCCAACGAAGAAUCAGUGGUUAUUCAAAACGCAGACAAUCCAGAAAAUUCGUCACAAAUUCGUGCUACACAAUUAGAGCCAGAAAUCUGUAACAUCUCCGGCGAAAUUUCAAGCAGCCAAACUAAACUCAAUUCUUCUCCAUCCAAUAAUGAUGAAAAUGGCCUUGGCCUAAUCGUUGAUUCCAAUAAAGAAUUAUCUGCGCCCAUUCAAAAUACGAAAAGUCAUAAAAAUUCAUCAUUUAGGGGAGUUCAUUCGCUGUAUAAGCCCCUUAACAUUAAGAUUGUAAUAGAAAGGCUUGAUGAUGUAGAAGAAAACUUGAGGAAAAAAGUUAAAAAGGGAGAAGAUAUUGAUAACAAUGAUACUAAGAAGCCUCACGAAGCCCAAAUCUCAUCUUCCCCUCUGCAUUAUAACCUAAGAACGAGGAAUAAAUUGACAAAAAAUGAAACUUUGAAUAGUGAUAAUGAAGGAUGUUGUCCUUCAGAUCAUACAAAUGAGGGAUCCAAUUCAGAAAAAAGUGCCGAGAUAAUUCGGCCUACUCCUCCUGAUUGCAAAAAAGAAGCUGUAGAUUCUUGUUCUACAAACGGAAGACUAUCAUCCAUGUCAUCGUUGAAAUCACAGAAGAGCGCUCGUCGUGAAUAUAAAUGCAAAUAUAAUUAUAGAAGGACAUGUUUGAUAUGUAAGGGAAAUAAUCCAAACAAUUCUGAUUCAAGUCUACAAUUCAGAUCUCCGGCAGCACUCUUCAAGCACAUAUUGGAAAAUCACCCUCAACCGAAUUCGAUUUACAUUCGUUGUCCCUAUAAAGAAAACCGAUGCAUACACCAUUUCAGACACAUUGAACGUUUGAGCGCGCAUGUGAAAUCAUUUCAUAAAAAGAAAUCGUGGCCUUGUGAUUCCUGCGAUAAAAAUUUCACACGUUUUCCCGACUUGCAAAAUCAUAUAGAAAAAGAGCACUCAAUGCCUGUAGAUUCUUCAAUGGUGUGUGAAUAUUGCGGAUACAAUGCAUACUCGUCGGAACUGAUGAACGCCCAUCUAUUAAAAUAUCAUAUUAUCCCAGAGGUGGCAUCUUGUUUAGAAUCGAUACCGGCGGUGGAAAACCCAACUGAGGAACCGACUGAUGAGAAAAAUGACGAAAAACGUGAAGUCUCUUCGUCUCAUAUUGUUUCAUCGUUGGAUAAUCAAUUUAAGAAUUUGACAAAAGAAUGUGAAGUGAGUAAAAAAGAGAACCGAGCCGAAAUGAAAUUUCAAUCUAGCGAAAAUCUCGAUUCUCAACAUUUGAAAAAUCGUUGCAAUUCAUUUCCUGACCAUUUCUCCAACUCCAACUCCAGUCUAUCCGAUCAUUCUUACGCGAUAGAUAUUUCCCGAGAAUCAGAAUCGAAACUCUCUACAGAAACAUGUGAAAAUUUGUCUCGACUUGACGUCAAAUUGUAACUUGGAGCAAACUGUUAAAAAUGCUCCCCACUGGGUGAUAUGUUUUCAAUUGUACUUAUUUGUUUGUUAAUUUUUUGUUCACAUUUGUACCUAAUAAAAAUAUUAUACCUACCUACAUA